GACGCGCUGCUCCGAUCUCCGCCCCCUGCUGCGGCGCGGCAAGGUCUGCACUCCGAGGGUUGUUUUGAAGGAGUUGUGCAAUUGCCCUGAACUAUCUUGGCAGAAGCUUGCUGUAAGGUCUGGUAUUCCUCUUCUUGUAUACAAGCCAGCUGUGGAUAGGAAUUCUUCUUCAUUGAAGGAUGCCGACAAGAAAAAAAGGCCCCGCAAGAAAUGCUACUGUCGAGCAUGUUAAUACAAAAACCAGUAGACACCCCAGAAGAUCAACUUCAAGUGCAGUUCCUGAUAAGAAAGUCAAUGAUUUGAUUACUUCUUCCUCUAAAAAGCAGAAACCUGCCGAAAACUUGCAGAAGAAGAAUGAAAUUCUUAGUGGUGGUAGAACAUUGACAUCACUCUCUGAUUGUACUGAUACUGAAAAUGAAGUUGCUAAUGUGCCAAGUAGUAGUAUGCUUGAUCACAAGCAGUCUAACGAAAAUGAUGAAGAGCUUUCCAUAUUUUCUCAACCAUUCCACCAUCACAAUGAAGACGACGGUGAUGGCUUAGGCAAAGUUCCUAUGCAAUCAACAUGUGGAAACAGAAAGCUUGAAAACAAUGAAUUCAGUGAAUUGGGUAGUCUAUCUCCUGAAGUGUCUGCUAUAUAUCUUGCAAUGCAGCACUCUAAGCUGGAGUGUAUUGAUGAACAAAGUCAAGAUUCUAUCUCAACAGAUGGGUGCCCUGAACCUGAUGAGACUGAGGAGCUUGAUGAGUUUGACCCUUAUACCUUCAUAAAGGAUUUGCCCGAGUUAUCCAUGGUUGUACCCAAGUUUCGGCCCGUUCUUCUUCCAAAGCAAACUCGGAGCUGCCCUAGAACCACCCUUGUCCUUGAUCUGGAUGAGACACUGGUGCAUUCUACGCUUGAGCCCUGUGAAGAUUCUGAUUUCACUUUUCCAGUUCAUUUCAAUCUCAGAGAGCACACAAUCUAUGUACGGUGCCGUCCAUAUCUGAAAGAGUUCCUGGAGAGAGUCGCCAGCAUGUUUGAAAUAAUCAUCUUCACGGCUAGUCAAAGUAUUUAUGCAGAACAACUACUUAAUGUUCUUGAUCCCAAAAGAAGGUUGUUCCGUCAUCGCGUUUAUCGUGAUUCUUGUGUCUAUGUGGAGGGAAACUACUUAAAGGAUCUAACGGUUCUUGGCCGUGACUUGUCUCGAGUGGUCAUCGUUGACAAUUCUCCGCAGGCUUUUGGGUUCCAGUUAGAUAAUGGCGUACCAAUAGAGAGCUGGUUCGAUGAUCCCAAUGACAAGGAGCUCCUAGCACUGCUACCAUUUUUGGAAAGCUUGGUUGGAGUGGAAGAUGUUCGGCCAUUCAUUGCCACAAAGUUCAACCUUCGCCAGAAGGUGGCUAGUGCGACUUCCCUUGCAAUGCACUUCUUUCCUAAUGCAUAGCAUGUUAACUGAAGCGUCAGCGCCUCUCUCGCAAGAAGCGAAGGCUGUGGAAGUUGCUUGAAAGGAACGGAACUGGUGAAUCUUCUUGCCCGCACUGUAUCUGGGAUUCAGAAUUCUUGCCCUGGCGCAACCCUAUGUCAUUUAAUUCUGAACCACCAGGAGGAUGUAUAAUUGGCCCCGUUGUAAGUUUUAAAUCCGGUGAACUUUAGGGAACCUUGUACAAGCAAGCAGUAGCCAAACCCAUAAGGUUGUUGUGACCGUGUUGUGCACUGGACGAAUAAUUGCCCAGCAUGUAAUAGGCCAGCAGGUAUUAUCAGAAAUUUGUGUUCUCACUG